CUUUUUUUAUUCUUCCCCAGAGGGUUUUCGUUCCUUAGCCUCCCCUGUCCAGUGACUCAGUGAGGCAAUCAAAAGUAGAGAGACAGAGAGCUCCAGCAACCAACCAUGAGUCUGAUUGCAGGCUCAUACGAGAAAUACAUAUGGGGUUUCAAGCUCAAACCCCACAAAGCCCCAAGCCUCUCCCUCACCCCACUCUUCUCCUAUCCAUCCCACCAAUCCCCCAUCACCACCGUCGCCGCCUUUGGAAACGUCGCUGCCUCUGGCGGCGCCGACGACACCAUUCAUCUCUAUGACCUGCCUUCAGCCUCCUACCUUGGCUCUCUUCAUGACCACUCCGCCUCCAUCACCUCCCUCUCCUUCUUCUCCCCUCCCCACCUCUCCUUCCCUCGCAAUCUCAUCUCCGCCGCUGCCGACGGCUCCGUGUCCAUCUUUGACGCCGACCCUUUUGUCCUCCUCAAGUCUCUUCGCCCCCACAGGAAGGCCGUCAACGAUCUCUCUGUGCACCCAUCUGGGAAGCUGGCUCUGACUGUGAGCAGGGACGGGUGCUUGGCGAUGCUCAACUUGGUGCGUGGUAAGAGGAGCUUUUGUGGUAGGAUCGGGAAGGAGGCCAGCUUGGUGAAAUUUGAUGUGGGUGGGGACAGGUUCUUCAUGGUUGCGGAGGACAAGGUCGGAGUGCACGAGGCCGAGGACGCCAGGUUGGUCUGCGAGUUGGAGAAUCCUAAGCAAAAGCGGGUCCUCUGUGCCACGCCCGGCGAGAAUGGACUUCUAUAUACUGGUGGUGAGGACCGGACUAUCACUGCAUGGGACACAAAAAGUGGCAAGAUUGCAUAUAGCAUUGAGGAUGCACAUUCUAACCGUUUGAAAGGUAUUGUGGUUCUCACAAGGAGUGAUGGUACUGCUUCUGGUGAGGAUCCGUAUCUAGUGGCAUCUGCAUCGUCGAAUGGGAUUAUACGUGUCUGGGAUGUUCGCAUGGCCGUUAAAGAAAAGCCAAACCCAUUGGCUGAGGCUGAUACAAAGUCAAGGCUUACUUGUCUUGCUGGAUCAUCUAUCAAAAAAAAAUCUUUCAAACCACCUGCAAGCAGCAGUAUUCCAAAAGAAGAGCAGGCUGCAGAGAAGGAAGAAGGUUCAUAGCAUAAACAAAAUUUUGGUUCCAAAUGAAAGAAGUUGCUGGUUGAGGAAAUUGGCUUAAACUUGUUGAAUGGCUUAUGGGUUCUUGCUGACAAAUUUUGUUUGUCCAACUCAAAUGUUGGGCUCAACCAGUCCCAACUGAUUAAUUUUGACAUUUAUGAUACUUAUAUUAAUUUAAAUACGUAGGCUACGUUGGUUAUUA